AUGGUGCUGUGGGAGAUCACGGCCAUCACCGCCUACUUCCUCGGCCUCCGCCGCACCUACCGCCUCGCGCUCCGCGGCCAGCGCCGCCUCAUCGGGCCCAACCACCCCAGGCUCCGCGACUUCGUCUACAGGCGGACACGUUCUAUAUUCGACGUCGCAGUCUCAGUGCACAAGAACAUUCAGGAGAGGGACUUGGAAGUUGGUCGGAACGUCGGAAACGCGGUCCUUCGCUGGCUCGACCGCAUGAAGCCAUCAGCACAGAUCCGCCCCCACCCUCCAGGCCCGCCAGGCUCCCCCCCGGAGCAACUCAGGCACCUUUCGACCAUGAAUAAGGCCGUAGGAGCUCAGAAGCCUGCCUCAAAGACCUCGACGCACGACUCGAGCGGCAAGAUGCUGUUCUCGCCCCUGAACAUCCGGCCCAAGUCCUUCCCUAUCCUCCCCACGAUGAUGCAGUCCACCAGGAUCAGCGCGGGCAACCAGUGCAGGCGCCUCUCCAGCUCGCCGUUCCCGUCCGUCACCGCCAGGAGGAAGGACAUGAUGGAGGGUGUCUUCCGGAAGGACAUCGCCCAGCUAAUGGUGUAA